UGGUCAUGUCCAUUGAACUGUAAUACAAGUUGAGGUCAACUCUUCUUCGGGCUCCAUUUUCCCAGCCAUUUAAACGACCGCUUAAACGUCCGCAUCUCACACGGUCACACCUACCUUCUCACUUCAACGUCCACCGCCCAUUCCAAAUCCCACCAUGUCGGUCAACAAACUCACCACCGUCCUCUGGUUCGACGGCAAAGCAGAAGAAGCCGCCCACUUCUACACCUCCGUCUUCAAGGACUCCAAGAUCGGAUCGCGCCAAUACUUCGUGGAAGACGCCAAGCAAAACCACGGCCAGGAAGCAGGCUCGCUGAUGGUCAUCGAGUUCGAGAUCAACGGCAACCGAUUCGCCGGCCUCAACGGCGGGCCGCACUUCAAGUUCAACGAGGCCGUGUCGUUCAUGGUUGACUGCGAAGACCAGGCCGAGGUCGAUUACUACUGGGAGAAGCUCGGCGAGGGGGGCGACGAGCGGAAGCAGAUGUGCGGGUGGCUUGGCGAUAAGUACGGGGUUUCGUGGCAGGUUAUCCCCAAGGUCUUGAAGGAGAUGCUCGCGGAUGAGGAUAGGGUGAAGGCUGGUCGGGUGACUGCUGCUAUGAUGGGGAUGAAGAAGUUGGAUAUUGCUGGGCUUAAGGCGGCGUUUGAGGGGUGCCCGGGUGAGGGUCUUUUUAUGUAGCUUAGCAUAGACAUGCCUCUGCGAAUCUAUAGUAAGUGCAUGUGGUGUCUAUAGUUCCACUUUGUCUAGGUUUCAGUUCAGCUUAGCUUCGGAGACUCGAGUGUCCCGAC